AUGGGACGGUUGCGUAGUUCGUGGGUAGCGCGCGAUGCUUUUCGGGAGCUAAACCUUUUUUUGCUUCAACGUGCGUGGCACUUCACCGCGCUUGGCAAUUAUGCCAUUGCAGCUGAUUACGUCAUUCGCAUGCUGAAUCGCUGCCCGAGGGAUCCUGUGUGUCUUCUGUUGGGCGAAAUUGUUGCGAAGUUUACGCAACAGGACGCGUUUUUGGCGAAAUGCCGAGAGGCACAGCGACGUCUGUGUGUGCAGAAUAACGUUGUUGAUGCGUUGCAGCUUGUCUCUGAGGAAACAGCGAGGGAAAAGCUGCGUAUGUGGCUGGAAAUGGCGAGGGAUGCCCCAGCGAUUGAGGGGCCUAUUGAGGAGCAGAUGAUUGUUCAAGAGAGUGAGCCAUUUACAGAUACAAGGAGCUCUGUGCGCAUGAUGGCGCAGCGUGUAUCUACACUUCCACUUGUGGAGUUGCAGGAGCCAAAACAAAGUGUCUACGGCCGAGGGAUUUAUGCACUGGCUCGUAUUAAUUCUAGCACGCCUGUAAUGCUGGACCAGCCAUUUCUUGUGCAGCGGAUGCGUGACGACGCGUGUGCGCAUUGCUUGGCUACAAUCGGUAGGAGUGGUGCAUCUGCAGGUGGCGUGCGAUGUGCACAUUGUGAUCGGGAGACUUAUUGUAGCGUGGCUUGUCGUGAUGCGGCGUGGCGUGAGUAUCAUGUCUGCGCCUGUGUUUCCCGCAACGAAAUGUACGCGUUUUGGGAGGGGGCAAUGCGUGAGCGGCUGCUGUCGGAUAAGAUGGAGGAGUCGCGUGCGGCUCUUGCCUGUCUUGCAGUGGCCAAGCUUUGCGUAUUGUCUACGGUGCAGCAGAUGCAUCCACUUGCGUUGCCGCGAAUUUGUUCGCUGCGUGGGCGUGCGGACUACGAUGCUUCCACGGCGCUCAGUGAGGUGGGCGCGCUUGCUGUAACGUUGGCGACGGCGCUCCGUCAGACGCAUCUUUACAUGGAGGAGUUGUUGUCUCUUUUUGCGAUUGUACAGACGAAUGAGUUUUUGCUUCCCAGUGGCAUGGCUCUCUAUCACGGCUAUUCCUUUCUCAACCACAGCUGCGAGCCAAACUGUGCCCUGCUGGGGUCGGGCGCAGCGAACCGCCGUCUUGUAACGCUGCGGGACGUGCGGGAGGGGGAGCAGCUGUUUAUUAAUUAUAACGCAAGCCUUACAACGCGCGUGUCCUACGCGGACCGACGCGCGCUCUGUCAGCAACGGCACUUUGAGUGCUUCUGUCCCAAGUGCGUCCGACAGGAGUGA